AUGGAAAUGGAGAACAUGCAAUUGAAAGAUACGGUGUCCAACUAUGGCCUGGAGAACCAGCAGCUGAAAGAGACGAUGUCCAACUAUGGCCUGGAGAACCAACAGCUAAAAGAAAAGGUGUCCAACUUUGAAGCCAAGCUAGAGUUCCUUAUGAACAGGCAAACGCAGCUCGAACAAAUGAUGCACCAAUCUCGUCCAGAUUAUUUGGAAACUGCAAGACUAAAUAGCAGGGUAGGGCAAGCUAAGGUGUUUGGGACAGUAGUUUGCGUAGGCGGUGCAAUGCUACUAUCAUUUUACCAUGGAGGAACCAUUGGCAUAGGUGAAUCCCACAUUCACUGGAAACUAGCUGAUGGAAUCAGUAAAGCGAGUGCCAGCAAAGAAGGAAAUUUCAUCUUGGGUCCAUUUCUGGUGAUCACUAGUUGUGUUGCUUGGGCAGGUUGGUUCAUAAUCCAGGCAAGGGUGAGUGAGAAGUUUACAACUCCUUACACUAGCUCAACAAUUAUGUGUUUCAUGGCCAGCAUACGGUUCUUGGUCGUCGGCGCCUACACGGAAUGCGACUUGUCUGCUUGGUCACUGAGCUCCGGCAUCAGACUCGUUGCUUCUCUUUAUGCGGUAAGCCUCGCAAAAACAAAAAUGCAAAGAAGAUUUCCAUUUUUCCCACCCACUGGGAAUCAAUGUAUCAGGUCUCACUUAUAG